UUUUAAAAUAAGAUUAUUUUUCCUUUAGUAAUGGCAACAUUACUUUAACUUUCAGUAGUUGUUGUUUACUUGCUAACUACAUAUAACUAUCCUAUUGUUUUGUAUAUCUGCUUGUAAAUAUUUUGUGAUAAUUUGUUACUUUAUUUACAGUUUUAAAAGUUUACAUUUAGUUAAAACCCCCAUUUGCCAAACAUAUUUUUAGGGUGUUUUUGUUUAUGUCAAUGCGAAGAAUUGGAUUUCUAGCAACUGCUACAUUUAACAUAAAUGUAUUCUAUUUUCAUAUCCUAGAGGAGUUCACAGGUUUCUAUAUGUCUUUUGGAUAAAUUGUCUAUUAUUUAAGUGCCACAUUAUUAUUUCUAGGCUAAUACAUGUCUCGAUCCUUAUUUAUUUUCUUAGUCUUUGUACAAGAUACAUAAUACAUUUGUUCCUACAAAUUAUGAACAAAAGUGCUCUUUUGAUGGCCUAUAAAAUAGUGUAGUUUCUGUAUAAUCUCUCCUAUAAAUAAGAUCUGAAAUUGUACCAAGCUUUAUUUAUUACUAAAUGCCAAAAAUUAUUGAAUGAUUAGUCAGAAGACUUUAAUCUUAAUUAAAUGAUUAAAUAUAAACUCACUGUAUGUUUUUGAUUGUGAUUACAUUGAAUUUUACUUUUAGGAAACACAACUAGAGUACCACAAUAUUAUUGAAAAAGUUCCAUUUAAUAGAAAUAAUGUAAUAUUUAUCAGCAGUUCAAUUUAAAUUGGAGUUGAUGUACACAAUUUAGCAAUAUACUUUUGUUUGGGUGUAAUUCUUGUAAUAGGUUUAUAUUUUUAGUCUUUCUAACAAAUGCCAAAGAAUUUUAGAAAAUGAACAAGUAACGAAUUUUCUUGAAAAUACCAAUAAGCAAAAUACCUUUAAAAAGCAAAUCUUUAAUAAAAGAAAUUAUGAAAAGACCCCAGAAUGAUCCUAAAUGAUGAACUGUUGUAAAGUUUUUAAGAGGUCAUUACCACCAAGCCCAUUAAAUGAGUCUGGGUACAGUUUUAAGUCAGUUAGCAAUCCCGUCCACAUAUCGAGCUCCCACUUUUUCUUAGAAUGAAUAAUUACAGACACUUUAUUUCGUUCUUUUCACUCCCGCCGUCUUGGCCUAGUGCCAAUGUAUGUUAUAAAUACAACGAAUAAAAUACAUUGGCCACUCGGGUCCGAGCUAUCGAAGGCUCAACACGUCACAGAGCCUUCUGGUGUACAAUGGAAUCUCGUCGCUCCUUUCGCAGUUCUGUACGCAGUAGGGAAUCUUCGUCGACCAGCGACGCCGAUCCCCGUGAAAAAAUAAUAGACUGUUGUCGUAAAAUCAUAGCCUUCAUGUGCACCCAAGUUGGAGUUGGCGGCUUAGUGGUCGGUUAUACGAUGAUAGGAGCCGCAGGGUUCAUGCACAUCGAAAAAGACAGGGAUGACACGGAAUAUCUUCAAGUGAUUCAGUGGAGAAAUGCGUGCGUCGAAGAAUUGUGGGACAUAGUAGCUACACAGAACAUAUUUAACGAGACCGACUUCAGGAAAACUGUAAAUAAGACUUUGAAACGUUAUCAAGAGAAUAUAGUGCAUUCCAUAAAAAAAGGAUAUGAUGGUCGUACUCCGGGCGAGAUUUGGUCCUAUUCUGCUGCUCUAAUGUUUUCCCUAAGCAUAAUCACGAUGGUAGGAUAUGGGAAUAUGGUGCCCAGAACUCCUUGGGGAAAAGGCGUCACCGUAAUCUAUGCCGUAUUCGGAAUACCUUUGUACGUACUCUAUUUUAUGAACAUGGGGGAAGUCCUCGCGGGAGUCUUUCGUUGGGGUUACACAUGGCUGUACGAAUGUAGUACUGAAAGGGGUGUAAACGAACCCCCGAAAAGAAUAAUAGUUCCGUCCACUGCUUGUCUGUGGGUAAUUGGAGCGUAUGUACUCACAGGGGCCAUUAUGUUCGCUGAAUGGGAAAAAUGGAACUAUUUGGACAGUACAUAUUUUUGCGUCACAAGUUUGUGCAAGAUUGGAUUCGGUGACCUAGUUCCCGGAGCAAAUAUAUCGGACUCUAGGAGCGGCAGUCAAACUAAACUUGUUAUCAAUUUUAUUUAUAUGCUAGUCGGGUUAGGUUUGGUUGCGAUGUGUUACAACCUUAUGCGCGAAGAGGUACAAGUUAAGGUUCAAGAACUUAAAGAAGACAUCUAUCAGUGCCUAGAAGACACAAGGUUGCGUUUAAUGACGUGCUGUAGCAAAAGUCGAUGUCGUAAACGUAAUAGAAACAUAUAGAUUUUAGUCGAGGGCGGUGGCGAUAACCAAAUGACGAAAUUAGAUUAGUUAUGGACAUAGUAAAGAACGUAAUACGGUCUUUUUCUUGUAGAUGUGACGUGUAUGAAUAUGUCGGGUGGAGUAUCACCCGAAAUUCGCGCUUUUCGACUACGCAAUGUUGAUGGAUAUGGUGGGAGG